GGAAGCUGAGGCACUGGGGAGGGGGGUCUCGUUCUGCGCCCAGCCUGGAGCGGGCCCGCGCGGCGCUGGCUCAACAGUCUCCAGCCAGGGCCCCGUUCCCGUCCGUGCGGCUGCUCCUGUGCUCGGCUGCGCCCCUCCUGGUCCCCUCGCCCGCAGUUCCCGAAGGAAUUUCAGAAAGUAGGGAUGGCAUCAGAAGCCUUAUUUCCACCGUCCCAGUCCCAGACUCCUAGACUUCAGAGCGUUAGUUUUGACUAUGACACUGAUAAUCAAAAGAAGACUCCUUUUACAAUUGUGGACUGCAAGCCAUUUCUUUACAGAGACAUUGAGUGUAGGGCCAAAGAAGAGGAUAGAAUAGCUCAACAGAAUUUGAAGGUCCAUGAAAAGAGCACAUUUUCAUCACGAGCAAAGUCUCGAGACUCUGUGAAAAAGAUGGACUCAGUCAUUGAAAGAGAGACCCGAGCUACAAUAGAUAAAGGGUAUAUUACUUCUGGUCCCAACUGGGCUCUUACUUUUGCAAAAUGUUGCCAAAGUGACAAACAAUCUUUAACAGAUUAUAUCAAGGAACAGAAGGAGUUGUUUCUGCUGCAGUACACAGUAAAAGUAAAAAAGCAAACUAUAAAGAAGCUGGAGAAAUUAGCAAUGCAAGCUGAGAAAGAGGCCAGCUCUGCCGAAGCAAAGCUAGAAGACGAUACAGUUGCAUUUGAGGAAUUUCUGAAAGAAAACGACCGAAGUUCUGCAGAUGCACUUAAAAUUGCAGCCCAAGAAACAAAAUCUAAAAUGGAUAUGGCAGCAGAUGUAAAGUCUGCUAUUAAUGAACUCUUCGCUAUUAAAAGUGAAAUUGCAAAUGCCGAAUUCCUUCUCAUGGAGAGUUUAUAUUAUGAAGAUUUUUUGAUGAAACUUUCUCCUAAAGAAUGGCAAGAAGAACAGAGAACAAAAAAGUUGAAAGCAAGAAUAGACAAACAGAGAGAAAGAGAGAUCAUGCAAAGAGAAAUGAUUACAUGUGCUUUCACUCCACACCAAGAAAAAGAAAGUGCACGCAAAGAGAAGAUAAGUUCUUCAAUUCCACGCCAACCACGCCACGGUUCUAUUUUUUUAAAGCAAAAAAAUGAACGCAGGUCUUCUAGAAAGCUCACAGAAACAGACUUGGGUGAAGAAGUGAAAAUGUUAAGUGAGUGCAAAUCCAUCUUGACUGAUAAAAAAAAGACAUCAUCAAGGUGGGAAAGCGAAAGUGAUUGUGCAAUUCAUGAAGAUUCCUUGAAAGACUUGGACACAGAUAUGGUGCCCGAAAUAUAUUUCACAGAUCCAAAACAGUUACUUCAGAUCUUCACAGAGCUAGAGGAGCAAAAUCUUGCACUGAUCCAAAAUAACCAAGACUUAGAUGAAACUAUGGAUGAACUUGAGCAGAUGGCAAAAAUUAUAAAGGCAAAACUAGAUGAAAAAGUAAGUGUUGUUGUAGGACAUAAAGAAAUUCUUAAAGCUGCCUGCAUCAGUGAAGAGGAAAAACGCACAGAUUUGGCACUAAGAGCUAAAAUGUUUUCUUUUGGAGAGUUUAAUCCAGAAAUCCAGGACAAAAUGCUACAUUCACUUACUAAAAAGGUUGCAGAAGUGUACAGAGUUAGUGUUGGAGAAGUAGACACAUCAAGCAUUAACUCCAUUCAGAUGUUGAGGAGAAUAGAGAAUCGAAUUGAAGAACUGUGUGAAUUGUUGGAGUCAGUUCCAAAAGAAAAUAUUGAAGCAAUUGAGAAAAGUAAGAUGAAAGAAAGAAGACAAAGGUUACGUGAAGAAAAAAAGAAACAAGAAACAAAACUUCAGGAAGAACGACUGCAGUGUUCUCUGAAAAGAGCAACUGCAGCACCAAAGAAGAAGAUGGGAAGAAAACUGGUAUUUCGCUCACAGCCUCCAGAGAUUAGACGGGAGGAGGUGUGCCUGAAAGAGAUCAACACAAAAAUGCAAGACGACAUAUUAUUUUUCACUUGAGUUUAAAAGUAGUUGUACCUUCUUAAAGGUGGUGUUACAGUGUUGUAGGUCUAUCUUCCUACUUAGUUCAUCUAGAGCAAAAGAUUAAUAUUCUGUACUGUAGUUUAACAGAACUUACAAACAAAGAGGAGUUAUCUCUAACAUGCAGGGAUCCUUAGUGUAAGUAGUAAACCUACUUUGUACAUCAGAUGUGAAAAAGCCCAGAAUGUCUUCACUGAUCAUUCUGUUACACCUAUUACCCUUAUCAGCAGAGAAAAAUGCCAUUCCCACAAUUCCUUCAGUACACUCCAGUGUAGUCAGCUUAGAAAGACCACUGUUUGCAACAGUAAAAAAAAUCCUCAUGGACUUUUGAGCUGCUCUAUAAUAUGACUGCAGUGCAAUGAAAGAGAUAGGACACCCUUUGUUACAUAAAAUGAUAUGCCACAAUCCUGUUGAUAUGCACAACUUUAAAGAUAAAGUUUACCAUGGGAAGCCACUUAGAUGCAAGAGUUCACCUUUAAGAAUAGAAUAAAUAAUAAUAGUAAUACAUAUUAGUAUUUUAAAUGUCAUUUCAUCCCAUCAACUAUGUAAUCUUAUUUCAGUUUCAGACUGAAAGAUUUCCUCUA